CAGAGCUGGCCUCGCUCACUUCCCUGCGACAUCGGCGGCACCGGCGGCGGGCGACCGACGAACCCUAACCCUAAGAAGCAAGCACUAGUUGUAGGCUCCGAUCCCCAAGGCCUGCGACGAUGUCGGCGUCUCUCCGUGCGGCGGCGACGAGGAUCCUGCGUCUUCCAGGCGAGGGGCUUCGCCGUCUCGUCCACACCAACCAGCGGUCCGCACCCUCCCGUGCCUUGGAGGAAGGAUACCGUGGGUCGCAAACCCAGCCGAAGAAAGAGGAGCUGUACACGGCUUCCCAGCUAGGCAGGCGUCCGAUGACUACAGCCAAGAAGUGGACUGCGGCAGCGCUUGUUGGUGUUGCUGGUGCAAUCGCUGUCGGUGCCGUUGCUGCUGGUGACGGUGGUCAGGAUUGGCCUCAUUGCCACCGCUGUGGUGGAGUUCUUCCUAAGAAGUGCGUCCUGUGCGGGCAGAAUCUCCCUCGUCCAAUUGCUGAAGCAAUGCAGGCUGCCUCAAAGUGUGGCCAAGCAAGUGGGGUAGCGCAGAAUCAAAAGGAAACUGCAGAAGUGUAGUGAAGACGAAAUGCAUCUAGUUUGAUGGAGAAGCAAGACGGUUAUCAGUUCUAUCCAGCACUAUAUAUUGUGCAUUUCUCUUGAAAUAUAUGUAUGUCUAU